UUCAGAAGUUCGGGAUCCUGGAAGACAAAAAGCAAACGGAGGGGGAGGGAAGAAAGGCAGAGAAGGACAGAGGGGUUUUUUUUUUAACUGCGAGGAGAGUAAACUCACCAAAAUACACCGCAGCCUCCGACUAAAGCUCUGUGACUAUGAGCACCUCGGGGCUUCAGGCCACUAACCGGCAGAACGUGAAGGAGCUCGACAGCAUGAAGGAAUCCAUCAGCGAUAUCAUCAACCAGCUCCAGGACAUCGACCCGGCCAGGCUCUCCUUCUCCCCCUUCCUGGAUCUGGACACUCAGAUCUCUUUGGCUCCGGUGUCAGACAGCCCCGAGUCCUCGGUGGAGGAGCUGCACUCGUCCUCCCACUCUGUCUCCGGCUCCCAGCGCUCGCUGGAACCACCACCAGCAACCGAUCAGCCAAGGAGCUCUGCUCCUUGCCACCAGCAGCCUGGCGUCAGCCUCCCAGAAGAGCCUCGAGCGGGUCGGAGAGAGGAGGGGGAGCUGGAUCAAACUAUUUCCAGUCCUAUCAUCGCAGCGCACAAUUUGGACGCCACCACGGAAAACUGCAUCGGCCCUCCAACACCAGCGUCUCAGGGGGACAUUCCCAACGGCACAGACGCACCGAGAUGGAGUCCAGAAUCCACCAAUCUGGACUGCACUGUGGAUGAGGGUCGGCCUCUGAUAGGGCCGCCACCGGAGAGUGUGGAGCUGGCUGUGUGGAGUCCUGAGGGUCGGGGAGAGACUCGCGGGGCUGCAGAGGAGGCUUCAGAUCAGGGACGAUGCUGCUGCCGCUGUUGCCAGUGCACGUGCUGUCAGAGCGGCCGAGUUCCCGCUUUCUUCUCAGUCCUGGCCUCUCUUCUGUGUGCAGCCGCGAUCCUCUAUGCACUCUAUUUCUAUGUGCCCAUUAAACCCCCUGACUUCCCUGACAUAACCAGCCGCAUCGUUUUCACCUUGUGCUGCUGUGUGGUGGCCGCUGUUCCCAUCCUGCUCGCAAUGCUCAUGGGUGCAGCCUGCCAGUUCUGCAGCGGCUCCUUCAGUCUGCAGGAGUCAUUUCCCAGAAGAGGUGCGGUUCAGCAGCUUUUUGUCACAGCUUCCCUCGAGCAGUUACUCCUCUACGUCCUGAACCUUGUUGUUAUGGCUGCUUUACUGCCUCAAGACCAGCUGAAGUUGGUGCCUAUUCUGAUUAUAAUGUUCAUCUUUGGAAGGCUUGUUUACUGGGUCAGCCUGAACACGUGCAGCUCCUGGCGAGGCUUCGGCUCUGGCCUGACCGUCUUCCCGCUCCUCGCCAUGGUGGCUCUCAAUCUGUUCCUCAUGUACGUCCUCGAUCUCAGAGAGCAACUUUUUGGCUCUCAGGACGUCCUCUAUAAUCAGGUCACCCCCUCUUCCUGGUCAGGGGAAACAUCACAGAGCCCGAGUGGCACACCAGACGUCCUCUCCGCACACAUCCUGGACGCUCAGUGAAGAGGCGAGCUGUGCUUUUUUCUUGGAGGAGGAGAUCUUUCCAAAAAUAGGCCAUUCCUGUGGUCUGCAGUUCAGCACAGCUAUCCAUGCUGCCACUGUAACCUCCGACUCUGUGACGGGUUAACUUGUGUUUUUGCUCCUCCUAUACACAAACUUUUUAUGUGGAUUCAUGCUUAUUAUCUGAAAUGCAAGAGCUCUGCCUGCUAGUGGCUGAGGACGCCUUUGAACAAUGCUGUAGUCAUAAAACAUUUGUCCUUUUAAGCUAUUCCAGUGCCUAUAUUUAAUGUUUUGAACUUUUAAUACUUAAAAGCUCUGCUAUAUAUAUAAAUAUAUAUAUAUACAUAUAUAUGGCUGAAUUUGGUUUGACCAAAACACAAGCAAAGCAGCUGCAGUUGUCAGACUUUAUUAUUAUAUGAAAAAGUUUGUACAUGAUG